AUGACUGAUCAUAGUUCACAUGACUUUCUCAUGGAAACAGUAAAACAUCAUCAUAGAAAUAAUAGUAAUACUAAUACCAAUAAUCACUUUACAACACCUUCAAUUCUUCACGGGACAACGACGAAUCAUCUAAGUUUGGACAGUAAUCCCAUUCGAGCUUUCGAAAAUGCUUCCGUUUAUUUUCUGAAUUCAAAACCACCAGUGGAUCAUUUGUUAAUUAGUCCGCCUACAAUACAUAUGAAGAAUAAUGCUAUCGCCAGUGAAAGUACAUCGAAUGGUGUUGUUAAUAUGAAUUUAGAGAUAUCAAAUCAUGCAGACAGUGCAAUACACACUUCAAAUAGUAGUAUUACUAGUAGCAAUAUAAGUAGUAGUAGAUGUAGUAGUCCUACAACAACAACAACAACAACUACUAGUGCUAGUAGUAAUAGUAAUGGAAGUAUUGAAAACACGAAUACUCCUUCGACGACGCUAACUAUCAGGACUACGACUGCGCCGUGUACUUCUGCUACAACUCCUCCUCCUCCUAGUACUAGUAGUAGUAAUAGUACAAAUGUAUCUGGGCAUAACACGAAUAGUAAUGCCGAGGAUGCUGAUGUUACAAUGUGUAUCUGUCCAGUGUGUGGUUUCUCUGCAUCAUCACCACGACGGCAAGAUGAACAUAUGGAAUUAGUUCAUGGAGAAGUAUGUACUACUAUGGCGGCAACGGCGUCGGCGAUGGCGGAGACAACAACAAGUGUACAACAUUCUCAAAAUUCAGCAGUCCUUCAACAAGUCACAGAAAAUAAUCCUAAUAAUAAUAAUCAUCAUUCGACUUAUGAUUCUUACGAUUAUUAUUAUUAUCAACAAGGAAAACAACAACAACAUCAGCAGAAGCGGCAACAGGCUGAUGAACAACCAGAACUUCAACACAGCGACUAUACUUCUUCUUCGUCUUCAUGUAAUCCAUUCACUCUACAAGCAGCUUCUACUCCCCAACGUGUUAAAUUAUGGUCUAAUCAUGAAUUAUCGAAUCCUUUAUUUCCAUUGAAUGAACAGCUGAAUAUAAUAUCUAGAGAAGGAGCAGAAGAAAACGGUGUGGAUCAUUCGGAUAGUGUAUAUAAUAAAAAUUAUAUCAUCAAUUCUAGUCUAACAUUAUCUGAUACUACUCAAAUAUCUAUGUUAAAUAGUAGUAAUAAUAAUAUUAAUAAUGACAACACAAAUCUUCCUAUCAUUGAUCCCACCAAUGAUGAAUACCAUUCUUCUUCUUCUUCUUCCACAUCGUUAGACUUCCUCAAAUCUUCCGCAAAAACCUUAAAUAAUCUGCAUAAAUUUAAACAAUCCGAAAAAACAUUGAAAUUAUAUUCACCAGCAAUGAAAAGUGUUCAAUCAACAUCAUCAUCUACGAGAGGAGAUAAAGAGAAAUCAUUACCGUUAGAGUCAUCCAUUUCUCUGUCGACAUCGACAUCGACAUCCACACCUACAUCGUCAUCGUCAACGUCAUUAUCUUCUCCAAUGGCAACGAUGACAAGUAUAACAGCACCAGGGGUGAAGAGUACACCUAUAGUAGGAGAGGAGGAUUUUAGUCAACCUAUUGUUAAAAAGGUUGAUUCAAGAAGACGUUAUCGGUGUAACAUCUGUCCAACAACUUUUCCGUGGCAUGGUGAUUUAACUGAACAUUUACGUUCUGUCCAUGGUAUGCAAAAAUCACGUGAAAAUUCAAGAAAUGGUAAAGCUGGCAGUUUUUGUUGUAGUCAUUGUAAAUAUGUAGCAAAAUAUCAGAGUGAAUUAAAUCGACAUAUGCGAUUACAUUGGGGUGUUAAACCCUUUAUUUGUGUCUUUUGUCCAUAUCGUAGUGCAUGGAAAGGUGAUUUAAAACGUCAUAUGGAAUCACAUCAUAGAGAACGUUUUACAUGUGAAACAGAAUUGAUAAAAAUUAUGUCACAGUUUAAAAAUAAUGCUGGUACACGAUCUGCAUCCGCGUCAGCGAUGACAACAACAACAACGACAACAACUGGUGGUGAAUGUAACAACUCCUCGAAUUACUCGAUUUCACAACUUGAUAUUACCACAGAAAGUAGUGAUGGAGAAAAUCUUAGUGAACAGUACAAUUGUUAUUUACAAAUAGAUGAAGAGGAACAAAUUAUUAACACAAGUAGUGGUACUACUACUACUCUUCCGAAUAUAGUGAGUACUAUUCAUAAAAGUAUUGAUAUCGAAAAUUCAGAGAAUAGUUCCACGGAGAAUGAUAUUAAAGUUAGCAGUGUAAUCAAAUCAGAUGAAAAGGCUUCUAAAGGCAAAAAUUCUUCUGUAUAUAAUGAACUAGGCAAUACUCCUAUGAGUGCUCAUCCCUAUAGUACUACUACUACAAACACUACAGUAGUAACAAUGAGCAGUAAUACUGUUGUGAAUCCUACUCUCCAAAGUAAUCUCUACGGAAAUCAUCUAUCACAGAGUUGUCUAUCAUUUACUACAGAUAAUAAUAACAGUAACAACAGUAACAGCAACCUUAUAUGUGAUAUUUGCUCUUAUCAAGCCCAAAAUCAAAGUAAAUUAAAAAAUCACAUGGCUAGUCAUAUCAAUUUAAAACAAUUUCAAUGUCCUAUUUGUCGACAACGCAGUAAUUAUAAGUGGGAUAUUACAAAACAUAUGAAAAAACAACAUCCACAGUGUAAUCAAUUGCCAAUUACAAUAAUUAACACUUCGACUGCCACUGCUACUGCUACUGCGACUACUGCGACUACUACUACCACUACCACAGAGACUGUUGAUGAGGAUAAAUUCCCGUCAUCACCAGUGGCAAUGGUGUCAACGACGUCAUGUCAUCAACUGAGACUGCCACUGACACUUCCAGUAUCAACAUGCACUUCAUCUUGUUUAUCUUUGUCAUCUUUAUCUACGCCAACUACUUCUACUACUACUACGACAUCUGUGUUAUCUUCGUGUUCUUCAACAAUACAACCAUUCACAUGGAUCGAUUCACAGAUUGUAUCAUUUCUGCCUAUUGGUGGUCAUCAACAGUUUCAACACCAACUCCAGCAACAGCAACAACAGCAAUUGAAGUUGUUCAGUCAACCACAGUUCACUCCAACACAAUCUCAGAUAUUAUUAUCUGCAUCUGCAUCUGCAUCAGCGUCGGCGUCGGCGUCCUCAUCAUCGAUAUCGUCAAUUUCAUCACCAAAUUCUAAUGGAAGUUGUUUAUCCUUAGUCGAUUGUGAUCAGAAGAAGUACUCGAAGUUGGGUGAAAUUGCUACUAUGCUUGAGAAAGAUCAAUUAACCCCGUUGAAUUUAAUUGCUUCUUCAACAAUGAAACAACAAUCAUCAGUUGGUCAGCAUAACAAUGAUGGGUCUUCUUCUUCUUAUUCGUUGAUAGCUGCAGAGAAAGAGGCUUUAAUUAGUGAUACAGUGCCGAUUGAUCUUUCAAUUGGUUAUUCUCAGAAUCAUAGUAACAGCUUAAAGGCUGAGGAGGAAAUCAAGAAUACUGCGCUAUUGUUUCCACGUGUACAAUCAUCACCAAAAUCCCCAAACUCAUUGAAAUUCUCUAGUAGUGAAGAGUACAUCCAUCAUCAGUAUAAUCAUCCUUUGCCGAGUUUAUCAACAGAAACCAAUUCGAAUACUCUGUACUCUGUAUCCGCAACAAUACCAUCCACCGGUCUGUCUGAUCUUAGAUAUAAUUUCCCAUCUAUUACACAUCCACUGAAUGAUUACAGUAAUAAUAAUAAUAAUAAUACUAAUAAUAAUAAUAAUAGUGUUAAUCCAUCAAUUAUGUCACCAUAUACAAUUGGUUCAUUGAUUUCGGAUCCUUCUUUAAAAGGGAAUGCCUCUUCAGCGGCAGCAACAACAACAUCAACAGCAACGGCUACAACAACUGCUAUGAAUUUACUAUUCAAUCUGCAACAACAAGUUUUAAUGACAGGCUUACUUCACACAUGGCAACAACAACAAAACCAACAAACACAUGACUUACACCAGAAUGAUGUUUUAGUGAAUAAAACUGCUUCUGACACAUUGUCGGCACCAUUACCACCAUUACCACCAUCAUAUUCAGCAUAUUCAGAUAUUAUCCUAAGUAUGACAACUCCACCAGUGUCUACUACUACUACUACUACUACUACUAUCCUAUCGUCAAUCUCUUCAUCCUCCUCAUCACUGAUACCUACAACGUCUGUCAGUAGUAGUAGUAGUGGAGCAAUAUCUACCCUCGCAACACCAACGAAUAUGUCAUUUCAAAAUAUAUUCAAGUCAUUAGUUCAUCAACAUCAUCAACAAUCCAUAGGAUUACCGACAGUUUCAACAACAAAUCAAAAGGAUGCCUGUUUACUGUCAGAGAUGAAUAUAACUCCAAGUAAUGAACUGUUAAAGUAUACUGUUAAAUCGAAUAAUAAUAAUAAUAGUAAUUCAGUGAACUGUUGGGAAGAUACCAGAUCAACAACAUCAGAAUGGUCUUUACCUGCUACUAUGGAAGUGGAUUCGAUAAAAUCAUCACCGUUAUCACCGUUAUCAUCAACACUGCCUGCAUUAAGUCAAGAACAUCAACGACAUCCUCAACACCACCAUCAUCAUCAGAAGCAGCAGCAACAACAGCAACAAUUGCAGAUGAAUCGUUUUUUCACACCAGGUGGUGAUGGUGGUAGACGACGUGAAUCCCAUCGUUUAUUGACAACACGAAAUAGUAGUGGACGUAAAUCUGCACCAAUGUCUACAUCAUAUAAUCGUCUUUCAAGUAAAAGUUUUUGUACAUAUACUACUAAUAAUAACAACAGUAGUAGAAGUAGUAUGAAUGGUAAUACUACUACUACUAAUAAUAAUAAUAAUGGAAACUCAAAGGAAGAACAAUGGAAACGAUUUCAGUGUUCUGGUUGUGGUCAUCGUUCCAACUGGAAAUGGGACAUCAAUAAGCAUAUAAAAGUUGCUCAUCCAGAACGUACAAAUAUAACAACAAUUACUUUAGAUUUAGAAGAUGCAAAGAAAACAUACAAUGAAUAUAUGAAUCGAAUGAAAUUAUCCCGUAAUCGUUAUCUAAGUGAAUCUAUCCCUGAUAUGUCAACAAAUUCGACUACAUGGAUUGGUGGUAAUGCUGGUAGUUCUGCUAGUGCCAGUGCUGUUGGUACUAAUAGCUUACCUGGAAAUACAACUGAAGGUUAUUAUAGACCGUUUAAAUGUUCAGUUUGUGGUCAUAGAAGUAACUGGAAAUGGGAUGUUGGUAAGCAUAUCAAACAAAUUCAUAAUGGAAAUGGUGAAGUACAAACACUAAGUCUUGAAGAAGCUAGACGUACAAUACAUCAGUAUAAAAAUCGUCGACGACAACAGCACCAACAACACCAACAGCAGCACAUACGUCAAUCAGAAUUAGGCAGUAAAUUUGAACCGAGUAUUUGUAGUUCAUCUGAAUCAAAUAUGAAUUUAUCAUCAUCACCUGUCUCAUUAUUAUUAUCAUCAGUCACUGGUGAUGGUAACACCGAUCACCAUCAUCAACAGCCUGUAUCAUCGAAUGAUGUAAUCAUGCAAGGUGGUGGUGAUGAACAAGAAAUCCGAUCACAUCACGAUGAUGCCGACAAUGUUGAUGCUGAUGAUGAUGACAAUUUAGACGAUGAAGACAGUAGUAGUAAUAGAAAUUCUUUAGCGAAUAAACCUUCUUUAUCCUCACAAUCAAGUCCACUGAAUUUAGCUAUUGACACUUUAGAGGAUGAUAUUAAUAGUACACAAGAGGAGGAUUGUUGUUGUACUACCGCUGGUGAAAUUAGAAAAUCAUCACAAUUAUCAAAGAAUCUGUUUUAUAAAAAGAAGCCAUUAUUAUUAUUAUUUCGAAAACAUAGACAAUCGAUCAAAUUCACAUGUAAAUUUUGUACAGUUCGACUGCAAUCAUGGAGAUCUGUUAUAUUUCAUGCCUAUACAAGACAUUAUCAACAAAUGACCGCUAAUGGACAAACUAUUGACGAUUUAACAAAAAAGUGUCUUCUGCCACGAAUACAUUUUCCAGUUGGAAACGAUGGUCACCAUCAGCGUCGUCGCUUCAGCUCUUAUGAUAGACAACGAAUAAAAUUGCUUAAACAACAAAAUGGAGCUGUUAUGCGUGGAAUGGUUAAAGAAGACUCGAAGUAUGAAACAGAGAAAAACACUAUUUCCAAGAAAAUGUCGAAUGAUGACUACACCAGUGAACAUUUGAUACAGUCAAUAGAAGAGAAUAACUCAUCUUUUGAAGGUGACCCUAAAAAUCAACACGCCGCUACUACUACUACUACUACUACUAGUCAAACAUCUUCAAAAGUUAAACUGACACGCACUGAAGAAGAUCAGAAGCACUUGUCCGAGUUUCCCAGUUUCGUUUAUCGUAAUUCAUUAAAAUGUCAUAGAAUUAUAAAUAAACAUUAUCAAAAUCUAAGACAUGAAUCUCAUUCAACUGAUUUAAAGUCUAAAACGCCUUAUUCAUUUCCCUCGGUGAUUGAUCACAAACACCAGUAUCAAGAAUCUAGACCAUUUCGAAAUUUGGUUUGUUUAAAUCAACCAAGCGAUGAUGGCGCGAAAAUCAAUUCAAAUUUAAACAGCUUUCAAAGGUCAUCAAGUCAACAUCAACACACUAGUCAGCAUAUUAUAACAACAAAGAAUAAAACUGGGACAGUUGUACAGUUGGCUAGUUUAUUAGAUGAUGUAUUAAGCUUGCUAAAUAAAUCACAAAUUAAUGAAAGUAAUAACAAUAGUAGUAAUAAUAAUAAUACUAAUAAUAAUGUGAAAUAUUCUAAAAGUGAUAGAAAUGGUGAUGUUGAAGUCAGAAUUAAUCAAGAAGGUGAAUGUCCAAGGGAACAUAACGAUGAUGUAAUCACUCAUCUAACUGAUAUGAUACAUGAAACUGUUGCAAAGAAUGAAAAUCUGCAUUAUACAAAUCAAUUAACCAUGAUAUCAAUGAAUUCAAGCACUAGUUCAAAUGAAGAAAAUCAGCAAGUGAAACAGGAUAGAGAUGAAUCCAUCUAUUUCAGUCCAAUUAGUGAAAUUCUAAAACAUCCAGAGAUUGAAAAACGUUUUCUCCGCCUAGCAGAUCUACUCCAUCAAGUAUCACGUGUAAAUCAGUAAGAAUUUCUUUCCAAUCCAUGACAAUCACGCAUACUACUACUACUAGUACUACUACUAUUUCUACUAUCAGUAGACAGAGAAGAAUUCAAAGAAUUCAAAUUCUGUGGUUUAUUUUUUUUCUUUUGAAAAGUGCUAUUCACCAGUUGAUCAGUUCAAUAUUCAGUAUUCAAUUAUACACCUGUUCAAUAUUUGUAAAUAAUAAUUUAACAAUAACAACAGCAACGAAAACGUUUUUCUUUAGAAAAAAAGUUAAAAAUUGCUUCUAAUUAUUUUUAUUCUCAUCAUUUUCUUUGAUUAUAAAAAAAAACAACAGAUUAUCAUGCAUAGACAAAAACACCGAAAAUUGUGAUCUUUUAACUUGACAAAAAUCAUGUUAUCAUGAGAAUAUACGUCGUUUUCUCCAUUGCCUUCUGCUUUUUUCGUUUUUACAAGUGAGACAAUUUUAUCCUGGUUCUUCCUUGCCCUCUUUCUCCACUCUUAUCUCUUCAUCUACCUAUUUAUCUAUCUAUCUAUUUGUACACCUGAGGUCACGAAGUCGAAACGGAUUCUCACUGCAUUCCUUCUGUCUUUUUCAAUCACAGUGCCUUGAAUUACUAUUAUUAUUAUUAUCAUCAUCAUUGGUACCCCUGUAUUCAUUUAUUAUUUACUUCAUUAUUUGUUAAUUUAUUUGCCUACUUUUUUGGCGCUACUUUUAAAUUUAAAGCGCUACAUUCUGUUUUUUUUCAUACUUCUGUAGCUAAAUACAGGACGGUGCUUCAGUAUUCUCAUAUUAUCUUCCAUAACAACUAUUGUUCACUUUUUAUUCCACUGAUAAAGUUCUAGCUGAAAGGUGGAGGAAAGUCGUUAUUAUCAUUAUUAUUAUUAUUAUUAUUUUUCCUUGACCGAAACAAAGUAAACAAAAUAUUUAUUAUCAAUAAAUUACUUGUUGAUUUUCGUGAA